AUGAGAACAGGAACAAACGCCGUCCCUGAAACAGAUAUGGCCCAGGUCCAGGCCCUGGUCCUAUUCUCAUCGCUGCUGACCCUCUGUGACUCUAAAGGGAGCCCCGUGGUGUGGGUGCGAGUCCAAAUAGAGGCCCCCAAACUCCCAUCCUUCUCCCUCUCAGUUCACUGUGGGGUCUUAGGAACCAACAUCAUCUCUCUGGUAACAGUGAGUUGGGAAGGAUUUGUUGAUGCCCGAAUGACCAAACUAGCCGUGUUACAUCCAGAACUUGGCACCCAAAAGUGGGCCCCUGCCUCCCAGGUCCGCUGGGAAACCUUAAAUAGCAUCUCUCUCACUCUGACCCUGGAACAAUCCAAGGCAAGAAACCUCCUGGCCAACACCUCAUUCUGCUGUGAGUUCAUUACCUUCCCUCAGGGUUCCAGAGUUGCCUGUGGAGACCUCAAUAGCUCAGAUCCAGGACUCUCUACCCCAAGUCCAGGCCCCAUUCUUCAAGGAGACCUGACCAGGAUCUUUGGAACCUUGGGGGUUCUCUUAUUUGGUUUCAUCUUUAUACUCUGUCUCCUGCGGCGGCAGAAGUGUUGGUGUUUCAGUAACUCUCAGCCGUCCUCCACCAGCACCCAGGCACAGAUGCAAACGCAGGUGAGCCUUGAAGGAUGGUUUCUGGAGCGGGGCACCAGCUGUGCCCCACAGCCUGCCAGCCAAGCAUCCCUGGCUGCUCUCUACCCACCACCACCCGAUUCAGCACCUCUGUGUGAGGUUAUGGUCCACCAUGACCAGCACCUGCCCCAGUGUUCAUCCCUCUUCCCCGAAGACCAGUACCAACCAACGAACCCCCGCUGCCUGUCUUCUCAGCUUCCCUGGUUGGCCUCUGUGCGUGGCAGCUUCGUCUCCACUGAGAAUGGACUGUAUGCUCUGGCCAGAGAAAAUCUUCCACACCCCGUUCCUGACAUCCUUGGUACCACCGACUGUCUGGAAUACAGUACCCUGUGCGUGGGAACCCAAUGACAGGCACCCUCAGUCUCCUCCAGGCCUUUGGGAGAUCCUUUUGCUGAUGUCUUUAUCCUGGACACAGGCCUCUUCAUAAAUCUUGUUUUAUUUUUCGGCCUCUGAUAAGAGCACAUCCUGCUAGCUAGAAUGUGGUCAGUGUGUGAACUUAUAUGACCUAGGUGUGGGUGGAGGUUAUGGCAAAGGCCCAGUUACAUCCUGUUUUGCACAUAUUUCCAACCCCCUCCAGAUGAUGUCUUUAAUACUGUCAUUAAAGUGAUCAUUCUGUUUGGAACUUUA